ACGUACACUCUCGAAGCUCCAUCCUUUUACCCAUCAAUGGGUAUCUUACUUGUCUUCUUUCUGUCACUUCUCUCUCUAGCUUCUACAGCUUCCCGGGUCGAGCAGAAAACCUUCAUCGUAAGAGUCAAACAUGAAGCCAAGCCUUCCAUUUUCACCACUCACAAGCACUGGUACGAAUCUUCACUUUCCUCUGUUCUCUCCCCUUCAACUCCUACCCAAGUUCUUCACGUAUACGACAGCGUUUUCCACGGCUUCUCGGCUAAGCUUUUGCCGACCGAAGCCCUCAAGCUUCAAGCACUUCCCCAUGUCAUAGCCGUCAUCCCUGAACAAGUCCGUUACUUGCAAACCACGCGCUCUCCUCUCUUCUUAGGACUCAAGACCACCGACAAAGCUGGCCUUUUGAAAGAAUCCGACUUUGGGUCCGAUCUUGUUAUCGGAGUCAUUGACACAGGUAUUUGGCCCGAGCGUCAAAGCUUCAACGACCGUGACUUGGGUCCUAUUCCUUCUAAAUGGAAUGGCCAAUGCGUGACGACAGAAGACUUCGGUUCCGAUUCUUGUAAUAAGAAGCUUAUCGGCGCAAGGUAUUUCUGCAGUGGCUACGAAGCAACUAACGGCAAAAUGAAUGAAACCUCGGAGUUGCGUUCCCCACGAGACUCGGACGGCCACGGUACCCACACUGCUUCUAUCGCUGCCGGAAGGUAUGUGUUUCCAGCUUCUACAUUAGGUUAUGCUAAAGGAGUGGCUGCCGGGAUGGCGCCAAAGGCGAGACUAGCAGCUUAUAAAGUAUGCUGGAAUGCUGGUUGUUAUGACUCUGAUAUUCUAGCCGCCUUCGACUCCGCUGUUGCUGAUGGCGUUGAUGUGAUUUCUUUGAGUGUUGGCGGUGCCGUGGUGCCUUACUAUCUUGACGCCAUUGCGAUUGGCGCUUUCGGUGCAGCGGAUAAAGGGAUUUUUGUGUCUGCCUCGGCAGGCAAUGGGGGUCCCGGUGGAUUAACUGUUACCAAUGUGGCUCCAUGGGUGGCUACCAUUGGUGCUGGGACGAUUGACAGAGAUUUUCCAGCUGAUGUUAAACUUGGAAAUGGGAAAGUUGUGCCUGGAGUCGGCGUGUAUAAUGGGCCGGGUUUAUCUUCGGGUCGGAUGUAUCCAUUGGUUUAUGGUGGAUCCGGUGGUGGUGACGGGUAUUCUUCGUCUUUGUGCUUAGAAGGUUCUUUGGAUCCCAAUUUGGUGAAAGCCAAAAUCGUUUUGUGCAAUAGAGGGAUUAAUUCCAGAGCCGCUAAGGGGGAUGUUGUGAAGAAAGCUGGAGGAGUAGGAAUGAUUUUAGCUAAUGGAGUUUUCGAUGGGGAAGGUUUAGUUGUUGAUUGUCAUGUCUUGCCAGCUACUGCUGUUGGUGCAUCAAACGCAGAUGAGAUUAGGCGAUACAUUGAUUCUGCAUCAAAAUCAAACUCACUUGCCACUGCAACUAUCAUCUUUAAAGGGACUCGGUUAGGGGUCAGGCCAGCACCUGUCGUGGCUUCGUUUUCGGCUCGAGGUCCUAACCCGGAGACCCCAGAAAUUUUGAAGCCUGACGUGAUAGCUCCUGGAUUGAACAUCCUUGCUGCCUGGCCUGAUAAAGUUGGUCCAUCUGGGCUUCCAUCGGAUUAUCGAAGGGUAGAGUUCAAUAUUCUUUCAGGCACUUCAAUGGCUUGUCCCCAUGUUUCGGGACUGGCUGCUUUGUUGAAAGCAGCUCAUCCUGAAUGGAGCCCAGCAGCCAUUAAGUCUGCCCUGAUGACAACAUCUUACACUGUUGAUAAUCGCGGGGAAACUAUGAUUGAUGAAUCGAACGGAAAUACUUCAACGGUUUUCGAUUUUGGAUCCGGUCAUGUUCACCCCACAAAGGCUAUGGAUCCUGGUCUGGUUUACGAUAUAAAUCCCAUGGAUUACGUGGAUUUCUUGUGCAAUUCGAACUAUACAAUCAACAACAUUCAAGUGAUCACCAGGAGGAAUGCAGAUUGCAGUGGGGCAAAACGAGCUGGCCAUAUUGGGAACCUGAAUUACCCAUCUUUUUCAGUUGUUUUCCUACAGUUUGGCAAUCAUAAGAUGUCGACACACUUCAUUAGGCAAGUGACUAAUGUUGGGGACCCAAAUUCAGUGUACGAAGUGACAAUCAGGCCACCUGGUGGCACACUUGUGACGGUAGAGCCACAGCAGCUCGUGUUUAGGAGGGUAGGGCAGAAAUUGAAUUUUGUUGUAAGAGUGGAGACCAUGGCAGUCAAGCUUGCCCCCGGAAGCACUAGCAUGAAAAGUGGUUGGAUAGUGUGGUCUGAUGGGAAGCACAAUGUCACUAGUCCCAUAAUUGUGACAAUGCAGCAACCUCUGUAGUUUAGAAAUUCUGUUUUAGGAAUUUUGGUC